AUGAUUCUCAUAUUUAUUCUUUCCUCCAUUCUUCUCUCUUGUUUGUCUUUCGUUUACUCUGCUACAGACCACAACACUUCUAUGUCUAUCUGCCCUGAAAGUUUCAGUUGCCCGAAAUUAGCCCCAUUCAAGUACCCAUUUUAUAAUGCCACUGAUGACAAACAAUGCGGGUUGAUCAAGGUCAAUUGUACUUCAAAUGGUGGGAGCAUUCAACUUGGAGAAGACUCAUAUAAGAUUGGUAGCCAGCUUGGGUCUGAACCUUGUGUCCUAGUCCAUAAUAGAAGCUUUGAAAAACUUGUGAAUGAAAAAGAUUGUAAGGCACUUAUGGAUAAUUUCACUUCUCCAAGUCCUCAUUUGUAUUCCAUUUCACUCGUAACCUUCAUCACUCUCUACAAAUGCACAAACAAUUCCAAUAAUAAUGCACAAACCGAGGCUUAUUUUCACCGAUCAAAUUACCAUAGAUACAACGGAUUUGAAGGUUACAAUUUCUACUACAAGUAUUUAAUCAGCAAUACAACAGUUCCAGGUGAUCUGCCGCCUACAUGUCAAGUAAUAUGGCUGCCUGUGAAACUGGGAGAGCCAGGUGACUAUAAAGUACUUAACGAGACCAACAUAUUUUCUCUUCUAACUUCUGAAUUCCCUAUUUGUUUUACUUCAAUCUCCUGCAAUAAAUGUGACAAGGAAGGGGGUAUGUGCCAUGUUGAUGUUAUUAAUAGACCGUUUCUGUGUAAAGACGCCAAAAAGGGAAAACCAUUCAAAAAAUUGAAACUAAUCUUAGUUUUUCCUGGAUCAGCCUUCAUCCUCUUUCUUGUCAUCUUCAUAAUUUGGCAUCGCUACAAGAAGAGCUCUUUUUCUUGUUUCUCAUCAAAGGACAAAUCACCAAUAGUUGAAGAUGGGAGUCUUUUCUAUGGCGUCUCAGUUUUCUCCUACACAGAGCUUGAAGACGCCACCCAAAAUUUCGAACAUUCUAAGGAACUAGGGAAUGGAGGUUUUGGAGCUGUUUACUAUGGUAAACUACAAGAUGGAAGAGAAGUAGCAGUGAAGAGACUUUAUGAGCACAACUACAAACGAGUCCAACAGUUUGUGAAUGAGGUUAGAAUCCUCACUGGUUUACGCCACCCCAACCUUGUGGUGCUCUAUGGUUGCACCUCUCGACAAAGCCAUGAACUUCUCCUUGUGUACGAGUACAUCUCCAAUGGAACUGUUUCUGAUCACCUCCAUGGGAAACAAGCAAAUCAAAGAUUGCUGACAUGGCCGUUAAGAAUGAACAUCGCCAUUGAAGCUGCGAGAGCAUUAGUGUACCUUCAUGCCUCUGAAAUCAUACACCGAGAUGUCAAGACGAGUAACAUUCUCCUUGAUCAGAAUUUCAGUGCCAAGGUAGCAGAUUUUGGACUCUCGAGGCUGUUACCAAAUGAUGUCACGCAUGUGUCUACAGCUCCUCAGGGAACACCAGGAUAUUUGGAUCCCCAAUAUCACAAUCGUUACCAAUUAACAGAUAAGAGUGAUGUUUACAGCUUUGGAGUGGUCUUGAUUGAACUAAUAUCAUCGAUGAGGGCUGUCGACUUAAAUAGGUCUGAUGACGAGAUUAGUUUGGCUAAUCUGGCUUUGAACAAGAUCCAAAGAUGUGCGUUAGAUCAAUUGAUCGAUCCUGAUCUAGGAUCCGAUUCAGAUGCUGAAACCAUGAGGAUGAUAACAUCAGUGGCAGAGUUGGCUUUUCAGUGUUUACAAUAUUAUUCAGAAAUGAGGCCUACGAUGAAUGAGGUGCUUGAUUUGUUGGAGGAUAUUCAAUCCCCAGGGAGAAUUGAUGCUGAUGAAAGUAUCACAGAUAUGGAAAAAAUAAAACCACCACCUCCUUCGGAAGCCAGUGAUAAGACGGUUUUGUUGAAAGAUUUCCUGCGUUCGCCAGUCUCCAUCACUAGUGAAUGACAUAGCUCUAGCACUGCAUCAACUACACUCCCUGUCAGAUAGAUGGCAUCACAACAUACGAUCACUGUGCAUAUUCAUUAACUCCGUGUGGUUUUUGUUCAAUUUUUCCAAUCGUUUCUAUGCCCUAAAUAUUUGUGUUAUUGUGAGCUCAUGAAAAGGAAUGUAAUUAACAUUAAGUUCCUAUUUCUUUUCGAUUUAA